AUGGAUAAUUCAAAUAUAAUAUUGAUUCGAUUUACGAAAGAAGAAGUCAAUAGUCAUACAGUCAGUUUCAAUGGAGCUAUAUCAUUAAAACACAAGGGUAGGGGCAAGAAGAUCAUAGUUGACGGGGAUGCACAAACAGAGCAAGAAAAGGAAGCUAACAAAUCAAAAAUUCCUUACGACGAUAAUUUGCACAGGAAAUUAACCCAAGCAUCAACACCAGGAAGCUUCUUCAAAGUCACCGAUGGCUUCAAGGCUAAUAGUAAGAAGAUGAUUCGAGAAUAUCAAUUUAAUCAAGUCACAAAAGAAAUGGAAAAUCAUCCAGAACUAAUCCCGGAGAUACCUGAAACACCAAAAAGUUCCAGGACUCAAUCCAAUCAAACUCGGGCUGAAUCAAAAAUGGAACACAUUUUUAAAUCAUUAGAAGAAGUAAUUAACAUUCAGCUAAAUCGUGUCAAAGAUCGAGUUCUAGCAGUGGCAGCACAAGACGAUAAAGACCCUUUAGAAUUACUAAAGCAAAAUGGAGAGGCAUUUGGUGCAAAUAUUGGACGGUUGUUUGCAAAAUGUAUAGAAUCAAUUGACAACGAAGAAGAUUGCGAGACUGAAGAACAAGAAGGAACGCAAAACGCAUUGACAACAGAGGAACUACAACCAAAACGAAAAUUAAGCGCCGUUGCGCUUGUUUUACAAAAGAAACAACGAGAUAAUUUAGCUAAAAAUAAUAGAAUUUAA